CUUUUCCAUGCAAUUCAGGCAAAGGUCGCGUAUACGCAACUCCGCCCCAUGUUGCAGCAAUUAACCUAAAUUCGCUGCAAUGCAACUCGAGCGGUAGUAUAUUUUUUAUUGCAAUAUAAACCAGUUCUAACAGCAAAGCGCAUGGCAUUCGGCAUUCAGUCAUAAAUCGAGCACAACAAACAUGACGCGCAUCAGUGGAUUGCUGCUUCUGUACGGUUUAAGCCUUUUCAGUGUCAUUUGCAGGAGUGAUGCUUUUUACGCGCGCAUCGUUAAUGGCACACAGGCUAAUGAGGGUGAAUUUCCAUUUCUGGUUUCCUUGCGUCGCGCUUCCGAUGGGCGUCACAAAUGUGGCGCUUCGCUAAUCAAUCGCGUUUGGGUGCUCACAGCCGCACACUGUGUGGUGAAAACAUUGCCGGAACAAGUGAAUAUUCAAUACGGCAGCAAUCAGUUAGAUGCGAAUAGCACCAAAGUGUCGAAUAUCAGUCGAAUUGUAGUGCACGAAGAUUAUCAACCGGGAAAUUUACAUGCCAACGACCUUGCGUUGCUGCGCCUGCAAACACCACUCAAGUUCGGUUCAAAAGUGCGUGCGGUGCAUUUACCGGCAGCGCAACAGGACACUGCGGAUGCAUCGCCCGCCGUCUUAAUCGGCUGGGGACUGAAUGCGACUGGUGGCAGCAUACAAAAACAUCUACAAAAGGUGCAUUUACAAAUAUUCAGUGAUGAGGAGUGCAGUCAACGUCAUGGCACUCAACUGCAUGCCACGACCAUUUGUGCUGGUGUGCCGGAGGGUGGUAGAGGCCAGUGUAGCGGUGAUUCAGGUGGUCCACUGUUGGUUGACGGCCAACAGGUUGGUAUUGUUUCGUGGAGUCGCAAGCCGUGCACACGGCCGCCUUAUCCGGGUGUUUUUACCGAAGUUUCCGCUUAUGUGGAUUGGAUGGCACAGACGAUGGGCAAUGAUCGGGAUGAUGGUGAUUGGGGCGAAAGUGAAGAGUCAUGGGAAGAACUAACCACGGGGAAUCUAAUUAUAGUGCGAAAUAAGAAAGGGUUAGGGCAGUAAAUGAACGGAAAAUUAUUGUGAUUUAUGCGAAUAAAAUGGGAGAAUGAAAAACGGAAAUGGAUUUGUAUGUUUCACAA